AUGGCCAUGCAAACCGGGCAAAGACACAUGGGGCUGGGCUUGAACAUGGAUCUACGCAGGUCCGCAACCCAGGGAGACCAUCAAGCACCAAUACGAGACGCAGGACACGAUACCACUCGAGCCCUAUCCUCCCCUACGUUCAAACGGCCAUCGCACGCGAAUGGGACAGGCCCUAGUCAGCAAAAUGGGCUGAGGACGCAGAGAAUCAUCCCAAAAGAGACGGAAGACUACAUGACGGCAAGACCAGCGCCGUUACAUCGUACAAAGAGUGACCUUGGCCCACGGCGCAAAGAAGGCACCGUGAGCCCCGCGUCAGAAGACAAACUGGCACAUAUUCGUCAUGGCUGGGACGACGAAUACACCUCAAACGAAUACCUGUCACUGCUACACUCGACCUUUUACAUGUAUUACACGGAAAAGCGGCACGAAAACAAUGGCUCCCUGUCUGAGGAGUCCAAGAAAUUUCCCAGUGUGGACUGGCGCAUGAAGGACAGGAUGAAGACGGUUUCUGCUGCGCUGGCAAUCUGUCUCAACAUUGGUGUGGACCCUCCUGAUGUGAUCAAGACAAACCCAUGCGCCAAACUCGAGGCCUGGGUCGAUCCUACUGCGAACAGUGGUGGCACGACAAAGACAAUGGAGCAGAUCGGCAAACGGCUUCAGGAACAGUACGAGUCGCUGAGUUUGAGAACGAGAUACAAGCAAUACCUAGAUCCGUCCAUCGACGAAACGAAGCGGUUCUGCAUCUCCUUACGGAGGAACGCCAAGGACGAACGAGUCUUGUUCCACUACAAUGGGCACGGCGUCCCUCUCCCAACUGCUUCCGGGGAGAUCUGGGUCUUUAAUAAGAAUUACACUCAGUACAUACCGGUCGGAAUCUAUGAUCUACAGUCGUGGCUAGGAGGUCCAAGCCUGUUUGUCUACGAUGUGUCCCAUGCAGGCAAUAUCGUCUACAAUUUCGACACAUUCCUAGCCAAGCAUGAAAAGGAGAAUGAAGAGAUCAAGAAACGGGACCCCAAUGCACCUGUCCAGAACUACGGAGAUUGCAUACAAUUGGCAGCUUGCGGUAGAACCGAGAUGCUACCUAGCAACCCCUACCUACCGGCCGACCUCUUCACUUGUUGUCUAACCACGCCCAUAGACAUAGCGUUACGAUUCUUCGUUCUUCAGAACCCACUCCAGAAUGGCCCCCAACUAGAGGAUGGAAAAAUUCCUGUCCCAGGCCGUCUUCAGGACAGACGAAGCCCGCUAGGCGAGCUCAACUGGAUCUUCACAGCCAUCACCGACACGAUAGCCUGGAACAGCUUGCCGCGGCAUUUGUUCAAGAAGCUUUUCCGACAGGAUCUCAUGGUCGCAGCCCUGUUCCGGAACUUUCUGCUCAGUGAACGCAUCAUGAGAGCGAAUCAUUGCCACCCGAUCUCAUCUCCGCCCCUUCCUGAAACACAUCGACACCCGCUCUGGCAGAGCUGGGACCUCGCCAUGGAGAUGGUGUUGGCACAGCUGCCGAUGCUUCGAGAAGCGGAGGAGGGAAAGCGCGUGUACGAGUACCAACACUCGACUUUCUUUGCUGAGCAGCUCACCGCCUUCGAGGUGUAUCUCAGCUCUGGGCCAACCAAAGAUCGCGCUCCGGAUCAACUGCCGAUUGUCUUGCAGGUCCUUCUCAGUCAAGUACACCGGCUCCGAGCUUUGAUCCUGUUGAGCAAAUUCCUCGACCUGGGGCCGUGGGCUGUCCAUCUGGCGUUGAGUAUAGGAAUUUUCCCCUACGUCGUCAAAUUGCUCCAAGCUGCUUCCCUUGAGCUCAAGCCCGUCAUGGUCUUCAUAUGGGCUCGUAUCAUGGCCGUCGACUACACGGUGCAGAGUGACCUGUUGAAGGACAACGGCAUCUCUUAUUUCAUUUCCAUCAUGAAUCCUCGCUCGGAUAUACCCGUGGGCAACGCGAGCGAGCAUCGAGCGAUGUGUGCAUUCAUUGUCGCCACAUUCUGCAAAAAGUACCCUCCAGGUCAGACUGUGUGUUUGUUACCGGAGCUUUUCCAAGCGUGUCUCCUCAACACGGUCGAACCUGAGAAUCCCUUGCUGCGCCAAUGGUCCUGUCUGUGUCUAAGCAUGCUGUGGUGCGAUUACGCGGACGCCAAAUGGAUGGGGAUCCGAUGCAUGGCUCAUGCUAGACUUUGUGAACUUUCCCUCGAUCCAGUUCCGGAAGUCCGAGCUGCUAUGCUUCAUGCUCUGACCAAUUUCCUGGGCAUCCCUGACUUGACCGACCAAGUCUCCCAAAUUGAAGAAGGAAUCGCCUCCUCAGUUCUUUUCAUGACGUCUGAUGGGAGCACAUUGGUCCGGAAGGAGCUACUCGUGUUUCUUUCGACGUUUGUCAAGCGAUACGAGAACAAGUUCAUGGUCGCGGCGUAUGAACAGAUGGUCGACGAGAGGGAGAGGCUCCCACACAGAGAGAGUGAAGCUGGCGUGUUCGAUACCCGUGAUUCGUUUACGGCCGUCCAGAUUUCGGCAAACACCAUCUACGGUUCAAUAUGGAUUCAACUUCUGAUCUUGUCGGUCGAUCCUCACCCUGAGAUUGCAAGGAAUGCGUCCAUCAUUGUGGAUUGCGUACAUGAAACCUUGCUCAAUUCGCCAAUGAGCCCAAUGGCCACGCGCGUGAUAGAUGAUCUGUUGAGGUUCUCGAAGAAAGAGGAAUCUCACCUCACGAAGGUAUCGUCCCGGGAUUCGCUCAGGGCCAUGGACAGACAGCCGGGCACUCCGCCGCCGCCGUUACAGAAGCAGCAAAGCUAUCUGUCUCUGAGCCUAAAGCGUGCAGGCAGCUCCCUUCGAAACCUUGCAUUUGGCUCUUCUACCGAGGGCGCGUCCACAUCCAAGGACACAACUCCUCAGACUUCUCCGGCCAAAGCUAGAGAACCCGUCCAUCCUGUCAACACCCCGCGGGGCCGUCUCCCACCUGAAUGGAGCCGCCCACCCCAGACGCCUGACUCGAGCAGCACAUCCGGAUCAUAUCAUCCGGCACAUUUGCCUACCUCCGCCGGGUUCACUGCUCUAGAUCCCAAAGUGAAACCACGCAUUCCCCUUCAGAGCAGUUUACUCGAGUGGUCCACAGAAUAUUUCCGCGAACCACAAAUGAGGCCAAACGACCCCGAUGAGCCUGGUUCUGCUGACUACAAUUCUCGGCUCUGGCGACGUAAUCGUAAUGAGAGGAUCAUCGCCGACAACCAGCCGUUGAAAGGCAUAGCUGGCAGCUCCAAGUGGGCGCGUCUCGAAGGAUUUCUGAACAACCAGAAUCAGCCGAUGAAUCUGGUGUUCCAUCAAUUCGACGAUCACUUGGCUGUGACUGACGACAGGGAUACCGUCACCAUCUGGGACUUUCAAAGGAAUGAACAGUUGAGUCGAUUCAGCAAUGGCAAUCCUGCCGGCAGCCGAAUCAACGAUGCCAAAUUCUUGAAUGAAGACGACCAACCCCUGUUGAUGGUGGGGAGCUCCGACGGCGUCCUUAAAGUCUACCGGAACUACCAGAACUCGAAGGACGUCAAGGUCAUCACUGCCUUCAGGGCUCUUACGGAGUUGAUCCCAAGCAAUAAGAAUGCAGGUUUAGUCUUUGACUGGCAGCAAGGUCAAGGCAAGGCGUUGGUGGCCGGUGAUGUCAAAGUCAUCAAAGUUUGGAAUGCCGCCACAGAACUGUGCGUGGGUGACAUCCCAGCUCGGAGCUCCAGCUGUGUCACGAGUUUGACCAGCGAUCAAGUAGCCGGCCAGAUCUUCAUCGCCGGAUUUGGGGAUGGCGUGGUUCGAGUCUUCGACCAGCGCUUGAACCCACGGACAGCCAUGGUCAAAAUCUGGCGUGAACAUCGACAAUGGAUCACCAAUCUCCACAUGCAGCGCGGCGGCGUGCGGGAAUUGAUCUCGGGUUCGCGCAACGGGGAAGUCAGACUCUGGGAUUUGCGGAGCGACAAGGCUGUCCUUACGCUCAACGCGACCUCUGGUUCCAAGAAUGAGUAUGCUGUCAACCCAGCGGACAGAGACGCCCCCAACACCCCGGGCUCUUCGACCACACUGCUCCGUAGUCUAUCUGUCCACGAACACGCACCUGUUUUCGCCGUCGGCACCGACAAACACGAAGUCAGGAGUUUCAACACCAGCGGCGAGCCCCUCGGCGUGUUUGAGCCUCUUUCCAGUCGACUGUCGCAGGUCGUCGGGGGCUCUCUCGCCGGCCGCGGGUACCAUCAUUCACCCAUUGUGGCGACCGCGUAUCAUCCGCAUCGUAUGCUACUGGCGUGUUCGGCGCUCGGGGAUGGACAUGUCAGUCUGGUGAGCUAUUGA